AUGGCUAAUCUCAACAUAAGUGGGUUUGUUCUCAUGAGGUUUUCCACCAAUCCUGAGCUAGAAAUCAUAUAUACAUCAUUGUUCUUAGUCUUAUACCUGUUGGCUUUAACUGGCAACAUCCUCAUCAUCACUACCACUUCCGUGGAUGAGAGUCUCAACUCCCCGAUGUACUUCUUCCUGAAGCAUCUCUCCUUCUUGGAUCUCUGUUAUAUUUCUGUGACUGUACCCAGAUCCAUUUAUAAUUCUUUCAUGCAGAGUGGCAACAUUUCCCUCGGGGAAUGCAUAGUGCAGUGCUUUGCUUUCAUUGUGUGUGGUACUGUUGAAAUAGCCAUGCUCACAUUGAUGUCCUAUGACCGCUACGUGGCCAUCUGCCUUCCACUGCACUAUGACAUCAUCAUGGAUGUCAGAACAUGCCUCCAUGGAAUCGUCAGUGUCUGGGUCAGUGGGACCAUCUCUGGAGUCAUGCACACAGCAGCAACUUUCUCCAUGCGAUUCUGUGGCCCCAAGAUCAUCCAUCAGUUCUUCUGUGACAUCCCCCAGAUCCUGAAACUCUCCUGUUCUAAUGACUACCUUGCUGAGGUUGGUGUCACUGUCUUUAUGGGUUUCCUGUCAUUUCUUUGUUAUGCUUUUAUAGUGUUCUCCUACGUGCACAUAUUUGCCUCUGUACUGCGGAUGCCAUCAGUGGAGGGCAGAGCCAAGGCCUUUUCCACCUGUCUCCCUCACCUUGCUGUUGUCAUAUUGUUUAUGUCUACAAGUGCCUUUGAGUUUUUUAAGCCUCAUUCAUACUCUCCAACUGCUUUUGACAUGUUUCUUACUAUGAUGUAUACAGUCAUUCCCCCAACAUUCAAUCCAAUGAUCUACAGCCUGAGAAAUAAAGCCAUAAAGUCAGCUGUAAAGAAGAUUUUUCAUAGAAGAAAAGAAAUAUUCACUUCUCUUUGCUGUCUAUUAGGAGACAAAUUCAAAAUAUAA